GCCUUCCUGGUGAAGAUGAGCAGCGACGUCCUGGACAUGGCGCUGAAGCUGCCACACGUGGAGUAUGUCGAGGAGGAUGCCUAUGUCUUUGCCCAGAGCAUCCCCUGGAACCUGGGCAGGAUCGUGCCACCACAGCCCAGAUCAGGCGCCUACAGCCCUCCCAAUAAAGGUGACCUGGUGGAGAUUUACCUGCUGGACACCAGCGUGCAGAGCACCCAUCGGGAGAUCGAGGGCAGAGUGCUUGUGACUGACUUUGAGAGAGUCCCUGAGGAGGAUGGCACCCGCUUCCACAGGCAGGCCAGCAAGUGUGACAGCCACGGGACCCACAUGGCCGGGGUGCUGAGUGGGCGCGACGCCGGCGUGGCCACAGGUGCCAGCAUCCACAGCCUCCGUGUGCUGAACUGCCAGGGAAAGGGCACCGUCAGUGGCACCCUCAUCGGUCUGGAGUUUAUCAAGGCGAGGCUGGAGGCUGAGCCCCGCAUGCCGCUGCUGGUGCUGCUGCCCUUUGCCGGCGCCUACAGCCGCGUGCUGAACGCCGGCUGCCGGCACAUGGCGCAGCUGGGAGUGGUGAUGGUGGCGGCUGCCGGCAACUACAAGGACGAUGCCUGCCUGUACUCACCAGCUUCUGAGCCGGAGGUCAUCACGGUCGGUGCCACCAACAGCGAGGACCAACCCGCCUCCAUCGGCACCCUGGGCACCAACUUUGGCCGCUGCGUGGACCUGUUUGCCCCAGGGGACGACAUCAUCGGCGCCUCCAGCGACUGCAGCACGUGCUUCACGGCACAGAGCGGGACGUCGCAGGCGGCCGCGCACGUGGCAGGUAUCGCCGCCAUGCUGCUCAGCGCCGAGCCCCAGCUCAGCCUCGCCGAGCUCCGGCAGCAGCUCCUGCACUUCGCCACCAAGAACACCAUGGACAUGGCGUGGUUCCCCGAGGAGCAGCGGCUCCAGACGCCCAACAGCGUGGCUGGGCUGCCCGCCCAGCUGGGCACAGAUGAGCAGCUGUACUGCCGCUCCGUGUGGUCGGCGCGCUCAGGGCUCACCCGGCACGCUACAGCUGUGGCUCGCUGCGCCAGUGCCGAGGAGAUGCUCAGCUGCUCCAGCUUCUCCCACAGCAGCAGGCGGCUGGGGGAGCACAUGGAGGUCAAGGACGGGCAGAAGCAGUGUGUGGCCCACAACGCCUUCCGGGGCCAGGGUGUCUAUGCCAUCGCCAGGUGCUGCACGUGGCCCAGGGCCGAGUGUCGGAUCAACGCCAGCUCCCUGUCGGCUCUGGGGGCCGCCUGCUCCCCGCAGGACCAUGUGCUGACAGGGUGCAGUUUCCACUCCCCGGCCGCAGCGCUGGGUGAGAGUGGCAGACCCGUGCCAGGGCCCGGGAGCAGGCCCGGCAGCUGCUCAGGCAGGACGGGGCUGGUGGCACACGCCUCGUGCUGCCCCGCCGCCAGCCUCGAGUGCCGGGUGAGGGAGCACACAUCCCAGGGCUCUGUGGAGAAGGUGACGGUGUCCUGUGGGGACGGCUGGACGCUGACAGGCUGCAACGCGCACUCCCAGAGCCCCGGCACCACGGGCGCCUACGCCGCGGGCGACACGUGCGUGGCAGCCGGCGCCCCGGGCAGCGCAGCGGCCGCGGCCGUCGCCAUCUGCUGCCGGAGCCGGCGGUAG